UGUUUCAAAGUCCAAGGACACAAAGAUUUGCUAGUAAACUAAGUUUGCUAUUAUCGAAUUUAACAAUAGAUCGGCGGAUGUGUUGUUGUGACUUAUAUUCGUGUAUUAUUUAACCGACUACUGGGAGUUACCUCAGAACCGUGUUCGGCGAGGAAACGGAUAGUCGUGUGAAACCUCAGAAAAAAUGGCAAGUGCAGUGAGAAGUAAAGUGCUAAAAGUUUUAAACAAACAGAAAAAUGGAUUGUCAUUUGCCGCUGUCAGACAAAACAGUUCAGCUCCAGAGAAAAAUAUUCUGACGUCUGUGUAUAAAGAUCUUCCUGCAACCAGUAGUACAGUAAAUGACUUUGUAUGGCACAAUUUGGACAGGUGGCCUGAUAAAACCGCUACGGUAUGUGCAGUAACGGGCCUAGGAUACACAUAUGCGCAAACGCAUAAGAUGUCCAUAUCGUUUGCCGCCUCUUUGAGGACAAAACUCAAGUUGCAGAACGAUGAUAAGGUGGCCAUAGUUCUGCCAAAUAUCCCGGAAUAUCCUGUCACUAUUCUGGGCGUACUACAGGCUGGAUGUAUUGCCAGUAUGAUGAACCCUAUUUAUACAGCAGAGGAACUGAAACGCCAAAUACAAUUAAUCAAAUGCAAAGCUGUGAUCGCGUCGAAAAUAUCUUACGCGAACAUCAAAAAAGCUUUAACAGAACUGAAAGUAGACAUACCAAUAAUUUUAGUGGAUAACGAUGGUCUACCAGAAGGUACCAUAAAGUUCUCAGAGUUUGCUCAAGAUUUUAGCAUAGACACGACUUGUUUGAAAGAGGUGAAAAGAGGUCCUAAGGACUUGGCGAUAUUGCCAUUUUCGAGCGGGACUACAGGGUUCCCUAAAGCUGUGGUGCUCACACACUCAAGUGUUGUUGCCAUGAACCAGCAGAUUAUUGACCCUGAAAUCGUCGCUAUUAAAGAAACUACAUCAACAAACCAAGCAGUGUUGCCAGCAAUAUUACCCUUCUUCCACAUAUUCGGGUUUAACGCUCUGAUGAUGAAUCAAAUGGCGUUGGGCGUUAAGCUGGUUACCAUGCCUUACUUCAAACCUGAACUAUUUCUUCAGACGUUGGUUCAACAUAAAGCUGAAGUCUUGUUCUUGGUGCCACCUAUGGUGGUAUUCCUGGGUAAGCAUCCAGCCGUCACGCCUAAGCAUUUGGAGUCUGUCUACGGCAUCGUGAGCGGAGCUGCACCAAUCUCUAAACAAGACGCCGAAGCUGUUAUUGCUAAGAAUAAAAACAUAAUGUUCCGUCAAGGCUAUGGGUUGACGGAGACCAAUGGUGGUAUCUCCGUGGCGAGGAACGUCGAUUCGAACCAUGCAUCUGUUGGCUUUGUGUUCGCUAGCAGUGAGGUGAAGAUCGCUGAUGUUAAUACGCAAGAGGCUUUGGGACCUGGACAGGAAGGCGAGAUCUGGUUCCGAGGCCCCAACGUGAUGUCAAGUUACUAUGAAAACGAGGAGGCGACUAAAGAGGUUCUGACUCAAGACGGAUGGUACAAAACUGGUGAUAUUGGACGAUAUGAUGAGAACAAGUAUCUAUAUGUUACUGACAGACUAAAGGAACUUAUAAAGGUUAAAGGCUUUCAAGUACCUCCAGCAGAAUUAGAAAUGGUUCUAAGAACGAACCCCAAAGUACUUGAUUGCGCCGUCCUUGGUAUUCCUGAUCCAAUAUCAGGAGAAGUUCCCAAAGCAUUUAUAGUGACACAAGCCGGCCAAGAAUUGAAACCAGAGGAAAUUUUAGAUUACGUUAACACCAAAGUUACAGCCUUCAAGAAAAUCAAAGAAGUCCAAUUUGUACCAGAAAUUCCUAAAAACGCAGCUGGUAAGAUUUUAAGGAAACAGCUAAAGGAAAAAUACUGUUAGCAUUUAUUUUAAGACGGUACGAAUGGUUGGGUGAAAUGCAAGUAUGGAUUUUUGGUAUUUUUUUUGCAUUUAGACUUUGUACAAAACUUUUUUAUUGGCCUGUGUGAGUUGUCUCUUGGUUUAAGGUAUUGUUUCUAAACUUUUCAUACGUAAUUUUACAAUAAUAUAUAAGUAUGCAAUCAGUAAAUGAC